UACGCACACCGAAGUAAGAGAUGGGUCCUGGAAAUGGAAGCCAGACGACUCUCCCAGAAUCGGUAUCGAAAGGGAUCGUAAGCGCUGGUCUCCUUAACAUCUUUGUCAUUACUUUCUACGUCGCCGCUACGGGAACUAUCUCUUUCUCUGGUAUCAUUUUUAAUAUCAUCAACAUAAUUGUGUUUUUGAAGCAAGGCCUAAAGGACAGCGUAAAUAUUACUUUAUUCAGCAUGGCUAUCUCCGAUACGGGAUCUCUGAUGGGACUCUUUUAUGUGAGCAUCAGUUUUAACCCAUGGCUUGUCAACGCCGAUUUGCCAUUCGACCCUUUAGACCUCCAGCACCUCGCUGGCGGUUGGGUACAUAUACUGUUUGCCCGCAUUACAAGUUGGAUUACAGCGUUCGUUACGUUUGAGAGAUGUCUGUGUAUCGCUCUGCCUCUCAAAGUGAAAAAUAUCAUAACACCCCGGCGAACAAUUGUGGUAGUUGUCUCUAUAUAUUUAACCAUGUUGGCUUUUGUUGCCCCUGUGUAUUAUUCAACCCGCCUGGGUCCUAAGUUUUUCCCAGAGAAAAAUAAGACAAUGAUAGGUUUAUUAUACGUACUCAAUGGCCCAUCCAUUGAGAAAGUUUCUUUGGCACUCAAUGUUCUGGCUCAGUUUGGUGCAUUUUUCGCGGUUAUCAUUUGCACCGUAAUCCUUGUUCACAAUUUGCUGCUUAAAUCAAAAUGGCGACAAUCGACUUCUUCUUCAGCCAAGCAGGAAUCUUUAUCACAAAGAGACAAAAAAGUAGUUAAAAUAGUUCUUCUCAUUUCAACAAUAUUCAUCUUUUGUUUUUUUCCUGGUGCAGUCUCCUUUAUUGCUAUGAGUACUGUUAAUGGGUUCAAUGUCAAUGGCAGAUAUCACAACAUAUUUUUGCUUACAUGGUCAAUGUUUAAGACCCUUCAAGCUACUAAUUCAACUGUAAACAUUUUUAUAUACUACAACAUGAGUUCAAAGUAUAAAGAAAUACUGGACGAAAUGUUGCACAGAAAGAAAGGAAAUAUUGAUUAAUGUACAUAAAGGACAAUGCGGGUUACCCACGUUCAAAUUGUAUUCAAAGUCACAGAAUGAGAUUUUGAGCGUUCUUAACUUCAAGGAAACAGAACAUGAUGUUUGAGAGGAAUGCAAUCUACAAGAACAUUUUGAAGACAAUACCUCUUGCAAGGAUAUCCCAAAGCAGAAUAGAUAUUUGUUCUUUUGAGUUUAAAAAUAACCAUGUUCAUAUUUUUUAUUUUCAAAUGUAUUUUGUUGUGUUUUCAUAUCAUAUCUAUUGCGUCUGUUGGCAUUUUGAAAAAAUCUAUCUAUCUAUCUAUCUAUCAA